UGGUUCGUUACCCGUCCUCACUCGAGGACCCGACACACACACACACACGCCAAACCUCCACUCUCCCUGCAGUUAUCCUAAUCCAAAUCCCCCUCACACCAUGCACCGCAUCAGUCCAUCUUAGAUCACCGUGCGCUCCUGCGAGCACUGACAGGAGGGCUCCUUCGGCCCGUGAAGGCCCCAUUCUUCUUGGCCCACGCCUGUGUGGGAAUGGGGUUUGGGUAGAGGGGUUGGGUCAUGCGGUCGGGGCAGGGUGCGUAAGGCUGCGGCAUUUUGAAGGAGAUGUCCAGGUGGUCGGCACCGCUCGCACCCGCACAGCACUGAAAAGGCACCGACCUCGCGCCACCGUUCCUGCGAACGGUGGUUGCAUAUAUCGAGAGGAGGGAGAGUGAGACACGGCGCAUACAAGGAGGGUGAAUGUGUGUGUCUCGUUGCACCUAACUUCACCCAUAUCACACCUCACCGUUUUGGCGGGGGUAUGGGCAUCAUGGAAGUGAGAUGGGCCGACCGAGGGGACGGGCAGUACUGGUAGGGCUCAUCCGGGCUGCAGCCAGGCAGGCAGGGAGAAUCACGGGUGAGAGCGAGAGCACUCUCCAUGCGCCCGCCCAUUCGCCCACUGACCCACCUGUGUUCAGAGGAGGGGAAGUGUGGCGAUUGCGGCGGGCUGCUGCGCUCGGGCGAGUCCUUGAGCGCCGCAGCAGCUCUGUUUGACCCGUACGAGAAGCCGGAGGACGACAGAUUGUUGCCCAGCAGCUGCAGAUCCUGUGUGGGGGUCGAUACAGACAGACAGAGGGGAAACGUCAUACGGUAGGCAUGGCGUCUGCCUGCUGUGUGUGUGUGUGUGCGGGGGGAUCGGCCGACCGGUGACAUUUCGAGAAGUUUGGUUUUGAAGUGCCUCAGGAUCUGCAGCAGCAGCUGCACGCGCAGACGCUCCUGCACACCGAGACACACAGGGGCACACCACACCACAUCACAUUAGCGGAUGUGUUUUGUGUCAAGUCCCCAGCUCAGCCGCCUACUACCUGGUCGAGCUCGCGUCGCAUCUGUCGGUUAUCCUCGCGCUCCUUCUCCUGCAGCACACACACACGAAGGCAUGGUUGAUGCGUUCAUUCCAAGGUUCCGCUGACCAGUUCCCCCUGCAGGUGUGUCGAGGACUGCACAAAGGUGUUGAGCAAAGAGUGGGACUCGCCCACCUGCACACGCACACACACAAGGACAAGGAUGUCAUGUUCCCGCGCGCCCCCGGUGAAGAACGUGUGUAGUGAGUGACCAUGUUUUGCAGCUGGUGCAGGAUGGUCAGCCGCGUCUCGUAGAACUUGAUGUGGGAUUGGAGGCCCUCAUUGCGGGUCCGCUCCUGCAUGAGCUCCCCCUGUGCGUGGGCGUGCUGCUCCAUCAGCUCCUCGAGACGCUGUGUGUGUACAAGAAAAAAGGAACCACAAGUGCAUGACGUGGCUUGGCUGGUGCUGUCUCCAGCUGGCUGCCCCCACACUCUGACCUUCUCGAGCCCCCCGAACUCCUCCUCCCUCUCUCGCAGCCUCUCACGCAUACCCAACACCUGCAGACACACAGACACACAGGCACACACACACACACAGAGAGAGAGAGAGAGAGGGAGAGAGAGAGAAAUAGAGAGAGAGAUGAAUGCAUACGUACCGGGUCGACAGCCACCCACCCCGCCACCGUCUGACAUACCUCUUGCCUCAGCUGCGGCUCCGGCAUGGUGAAGUAGGCCUCCUCCUCGGGCAGGUGCUCCUCAGCACCACCACCGUCGUAGCCAACACGGACAUCGCCCCCACCGCCCCCACCAACACCAGCAGGACUGCCCUCAGAGGCCUUGGUCAGGGCAGUGCCGGGACGGGAAGCACCCACCACUGCUGCCUCCUGCCAACCAAACACACAGGGAGGGAGGGGGUGAGCGAGACACACACGACAUUACAACCUGUGUUUGCUGACGGUGCGCAGCGCACCGUGAGCUCUCGUGGUCGCGAGAGGGGCUCAUGCAUCUCGUCUCUUCUGUCGAUUUGGUCUGGGGAUUGGAGGGUGAGCUGCAGCUGUGCCUGCAGGUCGGCCACGGUCUGCUGCAGCUCCGCCAGGGCGGCGUCGGCCUUGACCUUCUCAUCCUGCAGAUCCGCAUACUGCACUCACACACAGGGACAGACAGCACAGUGAGAGAGAGAGAAAGAGAGAAAACAUGUGGGUUGGGUGGCUUGAGGUGUGUGUGUACCUCUUUCUCGCGCAAUUCGGUGGUGGAUCGUUCCUGGUCCAUUUCUUUCUCCAGAGACUGCAGGCACUGAAAGACAGCCAACACAGAUCCGGGGAGAAAGGGAGGGAGACAUGGCACCUGUAUGUAUGUGCCUGUCGCGCGUCUGCCUCUGUCUCCUUGGCAUACAUACCCGGUUGGCGAGCUGAAGCUUUUCGUCAUACUCGCCCAGCAGCUGCUGCAUCUCCUCACGCUGAGUACCCAUCAGUGGACAACGGGAUAGAUCGCUCCCGCAGGCCCUCCCUCCCUGCCCGCCUCCCUGCCUACCUCUUCAUCGAUUUUCCUGUACUGCUCCAUCUGCCUUGCCAUGUCGCCCUUCUCCCUCUCCAGCCGCUCCGCAGCCGUCUGCAGCAGCUCGUUUUUCUUCUCGCCCGCCUCCACAGCGCUCUGCGCCUUCUCGACAUCCACCCUUACCUCAGCCAGCUCUUUGCUCUGGUCGGCCAGCAGGGCACCCCUGCUGUUGAAGAACCACCAGAACACCACGCACAGCACGAUGAGCACGCAGCACAGGAGCAGCAGCAGGAACCACCCGUUGAUGUCCUGCUCCCAGAAGGUCACGGCCGACUCGUCCAGCUUCCCUGCCAUGGUGGGUGGGGGUGGUCAGAAAGCUGAUGGAUUGCUGGGGUCCCGGAGGGGAAGGGGGGGAGGGGACUGCAAUGCUAUGCUGGUGAAUCGAGGUCUAAUGUCCUUCACUGUCCUCCGCGGGAAAGACGCGAGAGCCUGGGGGCCGGCCCGCACUGGAGAAGUCGUAAAAGAGCUUUGCAGCGACACAGUGUGGUCUUGUUUGGACGCCCAGAAGCUGGCCAAGGCUUCGCGCGUG